UCCGCGGCGGCGAGCGGAACGAUCCCACCGGUCCCGCGCUUGCGCGCUCCAGCCCGACGGGGGUCGCGGUGCGCCUGCGCCCUGGUGGAUUGUCUAAAGCCACAGGGAAAAUGGUGGAAAAUUCACCGUCGCCAUUGCCAGAAAGAGCGAUUUAUGGCUUUGUUCUUUUCCUAAGCUCCCAGUUUGGCUUCAUACUAUACCUUGUGUGGGCUUUUGUUCCUGAAUCUUGGCUAAACUCCUUAGGCUUAACCUAUUGGCCUCAAAAAUACUGGGCGGUUGCGUUGCCUGUCUACCUCCUCAUUACUAUAGUCAUCGGUUAUGUACUCUUAUUCGGAAUAAACAUGAUGAGUACCUCUCCACUCAACUCCAUUCACACAAUCACAGAUAACUAUGCUAAAAAUCAACAGCAGAAGAAAUACCAAGAAGAGGCCAUCCCAGCGUUAAGAGAUAUUCCUAUUAGUGAAGUAAACCAAAUGUUCUUUCUUGCAGGCAAAGAACUUUACACCAAAAACUGAAUUGUGUGUGGACUAACACCAAACAUUUAUUAUAAGUUUUUGACCAUAAUUUUGACCAUAAUUAUUUUGACUACCUCUCUUAUUAAUACCUGGUAUUGAAAUGUAAAAAGAUGUACAUUGAAAUUCUCUUAUAUUGUUUCAUUAAUAUUGUAAAUGUUCUCAAAUAUUAAUUAUUAAGGGACAGAAUAAAUAAAAUAUUGUGUUACCAUA